CAGGAGGCGGAGCUGCUUGUUUGAAAGUGGCGGGCAGGAACAGUCAGCCACCGAAUGAAGUUUUCCUAUUGAAAUCUGAAAGCUCGUUACUGGAAUCCUGCACCAUGACAAACGAAGACGCUAAGGUGAUCCCGGUGCGGGUUGCCUUACGAUGUCGUCCGUUGGUACCAAAAGAAAUUAAUGAGGGAUGUCAGACCUGUCUUGUUUUCGUCCCUGGUGAGCCACAGGUGAUCGUCGGCACAGAGAAAGCAUUCACAUAUGAUUAUGUGUUCGAUCCCACGGCUGAACAAGAGGAAGUGUUCAGCACUGCUGUGGAACCUUUACUGCGUGGACUUUUCAAAGGUUACCAUGCCACAGUGUUUGCAUAUGGACAGACGGGGUCAGGAAAAACCUACUCAAUGGGAGGAACGUACACGUCAGCCCAGGAAAACGAUCCCUCAGUCGGAGUGAUUCCUCGAGUCAUCAAGAGGAUCUUUGAGGAGAGGGAGAAGAAAACAGACUCUGAAUUCUGUCUGAAUGUGUCAUAUCUGGAGAUCUAUAAUGAGGACAUUUUAGAUUUGCUGUCUGCUUCUAAAGAUAAACCUGCCAUCAGUAUUCGGGAGGAUCCUAAAGAAGGCAUUAAGAUUGUUGGGCUGACUGAGAAGCAAGUGUUUUCUGCCCCAGAGAUGGUAGCUUGUCUGGAAAUUGGAAACUCGGCACGUACAGUGGGAUCCACAGCAAUGAAUGCUGCCUCUUCGCGUUCCCACGCCAUUUUCACCAUCACAUUGGAGCAACGCAGAGGAUCAGACAAAGUGGAUUCAAUAGUUUCAAAGCUGCACCUUGUGGAUCUGGCUGGCUCAGAGAGACAAAAGAAAACCAAAGCUGAAGGAGACCGUUUGAAAGAAGGAAUCAGCAUCAACCGUGGCCUCUUGUGUCUGGGUAAUGUGAUCAGCGCUUUGGGGGAUGAAAGCAAGAAGAACACUUUUGUUCCUUACAGAGACUCCAAACUCACCCGCCUGCUUCAGGAUUCUCUUGGAGGGAAUAGCCACACUCUGAUGAUCGCGUGCGUCAGUCCUGCAGACUCUAACAUGGAGGAAACCAUCAACACGCUGCGAUACGCCGACAGAGCUCGCAAGAUUAAGAACAAACCCAUCGUUAACGUCGACCCAAGGGCUGCGGAGAUGAACCGACUGAAACAGCAGGUUCAGGAGCUGCAGGUGAUGCUUCUGCACGCCCGUGGAGGAGUAGCUCCUGUACUCUCUGGGCCGAGCUCAGGAGAGGAUGUUGGCAAGCUUUUAGAAAAGAACCGCGCUUUGCAAGAGGAGAACGGGAAGCUGUGCAGAGAACUGAGCGAGGCAGCAGGACAGACGGCCCUUAUGUUCGAGAAGAUCAUUAUGACCGAGCAGGCAAAUGAGAGGCUGCAAAGCAAACUGAAGCAACUUGAGCAGCAUGCGGCAUGUACGGUGGAUCUUCAGAAGGUGCUGCAGACACUGGAGGACCAGGAGUUAAAGGAGAAUGUGGAGGUGAUGAAGAACCUGCAAGAGCUCAUCCUUGAGCUGAAGAACGAGAGCGCCGGCAUCUCUGCUUCCAUCGAAGGCAUGUCGCCCAGAGAGGAAGUACCGGAGGCGGCGGCUGUUGGCAGCAAAGAUCCAACAGAACAGUCCUCAUCUGAUUCUCCCGAGGCUUUUACAGCCAAUCAUGCUCUGAGACAGGCCCAGCUGUCCAAAGAACUCAUAGAGCUGAACAAGGUGUUGAGUCUGAAGGAGGCGUUUGUGAGGAAGAUGUGUGAGAACGACAGCCAGCUGGAGCCAAUGCAGUCAGAGCACAAGAAAAAUGUCCAAACUCUGCAGUCGGCUGUGGAUUCUCUGCAGAAGGAAAAGGAAGAACUAGUUUUAGCGCUUCAAUCAGCGAAGAAAGACAGCAACCAAGCAAAGCUGAGUGAACAGCGGAGGAAGCGACUACAGGAACUGGAAUCUCAGCUCGUAGAUAUGAAGAAGAAACUUCUGGACCAAUCUAAACUACUGAAACUCAAGGAAUCCUCUGUUCAGAAAGUCAGCAAGCUAAUGCAGGAGAUACAGGCCAUGAAGACGCAGCGGAUUCAGCUGAUGAAGCAGAUGAGGGAGGAUGCUGAGAAAUACAGGCAGUGGAAGAGCAAGAAGGACAAGGAGGUCCUGCAGCUGAAGGAAAAGGACCGUAAGCGGCAGUACGAGCUGCUUAAACUGGAGAGAGAUUUCCAGAAACAAGCCAAUGUCCUGCGGCGUAAAACGGAAGAGGCAGCAGCUGCUAACAAAAGACUGAAAGAUGCCCUGCAGAAGAGAAGUGAAGCGGCAGAGAAGCGCAAAGAUCACCAGAGCAGAGGCAUGGAGGGAGCUGCAGCCCGAGUUAAGACAUGGCUGCUCAACGAGGUGGAGGUGAUGGUGAGCUUAGAGGAGGCUCGGCGACACCUCAGUGAUCUGCUGGACGACAGGAAGGUCCUGGCACAGGAGAUCAACAACCUCAAACAGCAGAUAGAUGCUGGAGAGAGACCUGCUCCUAAAAUCCGGCGCCGGACGCUGAUCAUCUCAGAGCUGGAGACCCGGGGGGCGCUGGAGACCCCUCUGUCCAAACAGGUGGAGAACCUGGAGACAGAAAUGGGCCUCAGAAACGCACAGAUAGCCGACCUGCAGCAGAAAGUACUGGUCGCUGACGGCGAGGGGCGUCUGAAACAACGAGUCGACACUCUCACCAGCAUAGUGGAGGCCAAGAGCGCCGUUCGGGUUCUAAUGGCUGAGUUGGUCUCGGCUAAAACGGCAUGCUCCAAGCUGGAGAGCGAGCUAAAACAGGAGAAAGGAAACUCCCAAGAUUUAAGGAAGAUGCUGGCGGAAGAGAGAAACGUGAUGUCCACCAUGGACAUGGAGCAUCAGCAGCAGCUGGUGGAGCUGGAGCAGAGGCACCAGGAAAAGGUUCUUUACCUGCUCAACCAGCUGCAGAACAAACCCAUAUGUGAGGAAUCCGAGGAGACGAGGCAGGAGGAGGAGACGAGCAGCAAAGAGAGAGAGCUUCUACAGCGCCUCAAAGUUCAGGAGGAAGAGCUUGAAAAACUACGGACUUUAAGUGAACAGAACCAGAAAUUAAUGGAGCAGAACGAGGAGUACAGACAGAAACUCUCGUUGCUCCACUUGGCCAGUGAGAGGAAACUUCUCCUGCCAGUAAACAAGUCUGACAGGAGCCCAGAUGACUCGUUCGAGUACGUUCCUCCAAAACCCAAGCCGAAGAAGCAGACCACUGCUAAAGCAGCUGUGAAUACAACCAUCAAUAUAGCAGAGCUGCUGUCACCCAGCGAGGACGAGAAAGAGGAGGAGGAAAUGGACGAGUGGCUUCCUCUGAAAGGAAGGAGAGCAUCGAGGAAAACUCGGAUGACUGGGUGCGCCUGCAAAGGACGCUGCGGAAACAAGCAGUGCAGGUGUCGCAAGGGGAAGAUGACGUGUGGAGAGAACUGCCUCUGUGACCACGAGAAGUGUCGGAACCUGGAUAAUCAGGGGAAGGCUGAGGAUGCAAGUCUUGCAGAUGGAAUUUCAAGAGACUCUGCAUCUCUGCAGGAGCCAUCCUGUGACAGCCCUGACAAUGCCACCUUCUUCAAGCCUCCAUCUUGCACCCCCACAACCAAGGUGCUGAAGGAAAUCGGGGACAUGGGCCACAGCACUGCUGAUCUGAAGCUGGUUAGGAAGCCCAGCUUUACAGAUGAGGACGAAGGUGAGGAGGACGAUAAUGAGGAGGACAGAACAACGGUCAGCUUCCUCAAGAAGAAGAAGCGGCUCCUCACCAGUUUUCAGAACAGUUUCUUCUCUGGCUGCACUCCCAUUAGAGAGGAGUCCUAAUCCGGCUAAUCUUAGGGAUUUUUUUUUCCUUAGGUUAAGUGUCUUUUUCUCUGUUUAGAUUAUUUGUUUGUCUUUUUUUAUGUGUCUAGAUUGUUUUGUAUUGUAUCGUGAAAGUAGCUGAAGAGAUGAGCUCUUAUUGAUCUUCAUAGAGGGACAUUUUCUGGGAUUCACAGAGGUGAUCUUGUACAGAACUUUUAUUUCUCCACGAUUUCCUUUACUAAUAUUGAAAAUCAGUGUGAACAACACUCAAGGUUACCAGUAGCGGUUUUUAAUCUCUGUAUGCUAUUUUAGUAAAUGCUUGAAAUAGAGUUGAAUAAAGUCUUAAAAUCACA